AUGUCUUUACAAAAUCUAAAGAAAACUCCAUUGAAUUCUAUCUUCAUUAAACAAAUUUUGGACAUUCCUGUUGAUAUAGAUCUAACUCCAGAUGCGAAAGUAUCAUCGUUUGAAUCUCAAAAAUUGAUCGGCGUGAAGAAUUCUUCACGCGCACAUGGCCAACCGGAAUCUGAUACAGAAACUAAAGUAUGCGAAGAAACUUUAUCAGAAGCCGAGAUAAGUAUUACAACCACUCCUUCUAUCUCAUCAUCUCAAAUCUCUAAUUUGGAAGAUAUAACUUUUGGAGUUGGAAUUACACAUAAUUCAAGAGUAUCGGUCAAAUUAUCAUCAGCAUCAUCAAUUAUUAUU